CAGAGGCUCUUAUUGUGAAGGAGCCUUCAGUCCCGCUCACAUGUGAACUCACUGCAGAGUGUCGGAACCGUCCGGAGCCUCCAGGUGAGCCCGCAGUCAGCUGUCCUGAAGCCGCCGCAUCACGUCCAGGGUCCGGAUUAUCUGAGACCCGCACAGCCCCGCAGAGCCCCGCACAGCCCCGCAGAGAGUUCUGACCGACUCAUGUGACCGGCUGCUUCCACCUUCUUCCAUCCAUCAGCGAGGAUCAGCGAGGCGAUGGCGUCUUCGCUGCAGGCAGCCGGAGGACUGACGUCUCUUCGGACUCUGAUUCUGUGUCUCGUCUCUCUGCUGCUGCUGCUGCAGCCUGCAGACUCCAGCGCCGCUCCAGACACCAGAACCUGGAGUCAGACCGGGCCCCGGCUGCAGCUCUCACACUCAGAUCUGAGGAACGGGUCGGCCGUGUUCUGGCAGGGCGGAGUCAGCGGCGGGUACCAGGUCCUGCUGCUGGACGAGGACCAGGGAUGGCUGCUGGUCGGAGGGAAAGACCACAUCUACCUGCUGAGACCCGACAGCUUGGAUCUGCCCACUCGUACGAUCCACUGGCCGGCUGCCAGGGAACAUGUGGAGCACUGCAGGCUGGCAGGGAAAAGUCUGGAGACGGACUGCGCCAACUUCGUGCGGCUGCUGCAGCCGUUCAAUAAGACUCACGUUUACGCUUGUGGUACCGGAGCUUUCCAUCCACAGUGCACAUACCUGCACCUGGGACACAACACAGAGGAGCCGUCCUUCAUGUUGUCUCCUCUCCUGGAGUCGGGCCGAGGAAAGUGUCCCUUCAGUCCGAAGGAGCCCUUCACCGCUCGACUGACUGAUGGUGAACUGUAUGCAGGUACCUCAGUAGAUUUCAUGGGAGCCAAUGCUGCGAUCUUCCGUACGUCACUGUGGGGCAGCAGUCAACAUUACAUCCGGACUGAAGCCUACGACCAGAACUGGCUCAACGAGCCGGAGUUCGUGGCCUCUUUCUCCAUCCCGGACACUCACAGUCCGGACGACGACAAAGUCUACUUCUUCUUCAAGGAGCGAGCGGUGGAGGCCGGCCAGUGGGACAAGAGAGUUUACAGCCGAGUGGCUCGAGUCUGCAAGAAUGACGUUGGGGGGAAGAGGAGUCUGAUCAACCGUUGGACCACUUUCCUCAAAGCCCGGCUGGUCUGUUCCGUCCCCGGUCCGUCUGGAGUCGACACGCAGUUCGAUGAGCUCGAGGACAUCUUUGUUCUGGAGACGAAGGACCCUCAGAACCCGACCGUCUACGGAGUGUUCAGCACGUCCAGCUCUAUCUUUCGUGGUUCUGCAGUGUGUGUGUUCUCGAUGGCGUCCAUCAGAGCUGCUUUCAACGGACCGUUCGCCCAUAAAGAAGGUCCUGACUAUCGCUGGGUCGAGUACAAGGGUCGCAUCCCGUAUCCCAGACCCGGCACUUGUCCCAGCGAGACGUACGACGCUCUCCACAAGUCCACCAAGGACUUCCCAGACGAGGUGGUGAGCUUCAUGAGGCAGCACCAGCUCAUGUGGGAGCCCGUCCUGCCUCUGGGCGGCCGACCCGUCCUCACCAAGGUCAACGCCGCCUACAUGUUGAAGAGGGUCGUGGUGGACAGGGUGGACGCUGAGGAAGGACCGUAUGAUGUCUUACACCUGGGCACAGAUGACGGGAAGGUGGUGAAGGCCGUGUCAGUCGUCAAAGACAACUGGGACACAGAGGAGAUCAUCCUGGAGGAGCUGACCGUCUUCCAGAGUCCGUCUCCCAUCCUGAGCAUGGAGCUGUCAACCAAGAGACAACAGCUGUACGUGUCCAGUGAGCUCGGUGUGGCCCAGCUGGGGCUGCAGAGGUGUGAGCUGUACGGUACCGACUGCUCCGAGUGCUGCCUGGCCAGAGACCCGUACUGCUCCUGGGACGGGCAGACCUGCUCCAGAUUCUUCCCCACCAGCAAGAGGCGGGCGAGGAGACAGGAUGUGAAGUACGGGGACCCGUGGAGUCAGUGCCCAGUGACAGAGGACGAUUCAGACUCGGUGGAGGUGAAGGUGGUGUACGGUGUGGAGGGGAACUCCACCUUCCUGGAGUGUUUCCCUCGGUCACCGCGGGCGGAGAUCAGGUGGACGGUGCAGCGGACAGACAGCCAGCAGCAGCAGCCUGUCAGUCAGACGCAGGACAGCAGAGAGUUUCCUCGGAGUGACGACAACCACUCCCUCCACAUGAAAGGAGGGUUGUUGGUUCAACGCCUGCAGCUGGCUGAAGCAGGCCUCUACACCUGCACCAGCCAGGAGCACUCCUACACCCAGGUCCUGGUCCGAUACCGCGUUCACAUCAUCUCCAACGACAGCCUCCACCCAACCCGCUACCAGCAGACCCACAGCCAGAACCAGCCGGGCCCUGUGGUCGUCGGAAAGUUCAGCCCGGGUGGGGUCACUGGGUUACUCGGUCAGUCGGGUCCGGCUCAUCCAGCACCUCCUCCGCUGCAGGGACACAGGAACUCAUGGCUGCCGCAGCAUCCUCAGCAGCUUCCUCUGAGGAGCUACAAAGACCUGCACAUGGUGGGCACCAACAGUCUGAGCGUGGACGAGUACUGCGAGCAGCUGUGGUACCGCGAGAAGCGCCGGCAGCAGAAACUCCGCACGCUGAAGCUGAAGCAGGAGAGCAGGAAAGCCCGGGUGAGGAGGAACAACCCGCCUGAGGUUCCCCUCUAGUCCCCUGAGGAACCAGAGACUGUCAUGGACAACACAUCCUGUCGAGGACAGGAAGACAAAAGACUGAUUACAUUUAGACACGAACACAAACAAACAUGGUUAAAACACAGAAUAUGUGUAUCAUAAUCAACAUUAAUCAUCAUGUGGGACAUUAAAUAUUGACUCUGAAAGACAAUGUCAUCGUGUCUGAAAACAUUUAAUGCUGCAUGUUUAGUUUCUGAUGGUUUACAGGACGAUGGACCGUCUGAUCACAUGUUUUAAUUUAAAGGAACAGUUCACCCCAACAGUCAAGAAUACUGUUGAAUACAUAUUUUACCUGUAGUGAUAUUCAUCCAUCUGGGAGUAAAAGUCUUAAAGUAUCUGAUACUAAAAAGUAAAAGUAGAUUACACAUAGAUUUACCUGUAAGUAUAUACUGUAUAGUUUGGAUCAAGCGACUAUUGGAUCUGAAAUUCAGCCUUUUUCUGAUUAUUGGAGGGUUUUUAAGUUCAGCACUUGAGUAAAUGUACUUUUCUCCAAUAUAUAAUAGAACUAGAUAAACUCUGUGGAUUAUCUCGCGUAACCGGGUCACAAUUUCUAUAAAAAGUCAUUUGCUGCACUACUUCUGUAGUUCUGAUUCCAGGGUGAACUGUCCCUUUAACUUUAGCUCAGCGAAGCAAAAAAAGUUUAAGCUUAAAGUUUAAAGUGACUGAUUGUGGUGUUAAAGUAGAGUCUUGUCAGUGUUUUUACUUUUAUUUAGACGUUAGAUAGAUUGAUUUGUAUUUAGACUUUCCAUUUUCUUCAUCGCACCUCGUCAGAUAUCAGACAUGACAUUUGAUGCAAUUCUUCUUUUACAGACAGAAAACCUGGGGAAACAUCAGGAUCUCACACAAUACACACAGAAAUAUAUAUACUAUAUAUAAACAGUAUAAGUUAAUGACAGAAGACUAAACAAGAAAAGUGUUUGCCUGAUUUACUGCCACACAGAAACAUAUAAUAUUUUCUACAUGUAUUUAUGUUUGUUCUGAGAUGUAACGCUGAUCUCAGAUAAGCGUCGUUCAAACCGGCGGGCCUCAGUGAAAACGCACACCUGACAUGGACCUGGCCUGAGAAUAUUCAUGUAUAGCUUAUUAAUUCUGCCAUGUAACUAAUGAUUAUUAAUCACAUUGAUGUAUAUUAAAGAACUCUAUUUUUGAUAGUUUUCUUUCCUUGUGUGCUAGAAUGUAGUUUGUAUAAGCUCAUGUUUAAAAAACUUCACAACUCUAAUAAGCUUCAAGAUCAAGAACUGAGUAAUGACGUCGUGUUUUAUACUGUAUGUGAAUGUGCCACAAAAUGACGUAAAAUAAAAAAUUAAAACAUUAAA